AAGGGCAACCAUACCACACGUGAGGGUGAAAAUGGAGAUAACAAUGAAACUGCGGAGAAACAACCUUCUGCUGACUCUUCCAACACUUCGCCCACAGUGAGUGGUGAUGGUUCUGAUACUGCAACACCUGGGAAUGGCACUACAACUGAAGGAAGUGAAUCAUCAAAUAACCCAGAAGGUGUGGAAACUGCAGACACAACCACCACUACAACAACACUUCCUCCUGAACUCACAAACAACAAGAAGGGUGAUGCAGACAGCAGCAGCAGUAUCAGCAGUUCUGUGUGGGUGCGUGUACCACUACUGAUUGUGGUUACA